AUGGUUAAGAUUGAAGACAAAAACCCUCACUGUAGCCGUAAACUAAAGGACUUACUUCACUAUCGAUCAUUGCCGGAGGAUCUCAUCAUGGAUAUCUUUUUAAGGCUUCCGGUGAGAUCUCUCCUGCAAUUAAAGUGCGUGUGCAAAUCAUGGAAAACCCUAAUCUCCGAUUCCGAAUUUGCAAAGCGACACCAUCGGAAGUUAACCAUGGAUCCAAGCAUAACCAACAUUCGAAUUUUCUUUGGCAGUGAAUUGGGAAGAAUUGUAUCUCUCCCUUUGAAGCCAUUGUUGGAAAAGCCAUCAGAACCUACUAAAGCGGUUGAGUUCAGCAUGGAACAGUACAGGUUCAGUAUUCUUGGUGCAUGCAAUGGGUUGGUGUGUCUGCUAGAUAGCCAUCAAGGUUAUGUUACAUUGUGGAACCCUUCAACCAGAUUCAAAUCCAAAGCAUCUCCAUCCCUUAAUUUAUUAUUUAAUAAAUUGGGCGUCGCAGGUUAUGGCUUUGGCUAUGACCAUGUUAAUGACAAGUACAAGGUGCUGCUAGAUGUCCACUAUGAAGAUGUGAGACUUUAUACUUUUGGUGAAAAUUCUUGGACAACUAUCCAGAAUUUUCCAUGUGACCCUGCUAAUCCCGCAGGAAAAUUUGUGAGGGGCACUCUAAAUUGGGUAGUAGUUAGAUGGGUUGAUGGUUACAGCGAAAUACAAACUACAAUACUUUCAUUUGAUCUUGUGAAGGAGGAGACUUACAGCGAAAUAUUACUGCCUCAAAAUCAAAAACAGAAUACUUGCAGAUGCAGAAACCAGAUACCUCAGCUUGGUGUUUUGGAUAACUGUCUUUGUCUGUCUUUUGACACUGAAACUCAUUUGGUUGUGUGGUUGAUGAAAGAAUAUGGAAUUGUUGAGUCAUGGACUAAACUGAUGAUGAUCCCUGCAGAGCAUUUAAGCAAACAUGUAGAACCACAACUUUCUGUCAUUGAAGCCUUGUUCAUAUUUGGAAAUAAUAUUGUUCUACUGAGAACAAGCCACAAAUUUUUCCUGUAUAACUUAAAUAAUGAUAUGAUAGACAUUCCUUUGAUUUCCACCUCGAUUAGAAGAAGUCCACAUCUUUACCUUGAGACUCUUGUAUCACCGCGACUGUAA